AGGCUGACAUUACUCUGUGCCUGGGAGCUGCUGGGGGACACACGGGACAAGUGGGACCCCCUGCCACCCACCCCAGAGGCAGCACGUUCUCCCCCCACCCCCUUCCCUCGCUCUCUCCUCUCUCCUUUCUCCUCCCCAAAACCGAAACAUAACAUGAUCAAGUCAAUCAUAUGGACAUGCCUCAUUAUUCAUUGAGCACCAGAUUUUUUUUUUUUUUUUUGCAAGCGCUCACUUUCUGCGAGGAAGGAUCCGUGCUGCACGGCUGCAAGAACGGGUCGGAGUGAUGUGUAAUCCUGCAUCAGCCAACGUGCAGCGGAACUUCUAGCGCAAGAUCCCCAGUAUGAAUAUCCGCACUCUACCUGCAUUCAGUGCCGCACACCUGAGACACAUCUGAAUGUUUGAGUCCGCACCUUUGUAGCUGUUGGGAAGGAGGACGCUUCCGUGAUCAAGUGACUGGGUGUAUACUUAGUAGACUGUCUGUCCUUAAACCAAGCAUGCAUUUAAGUUGUUAAGGGAUGGAGGAAGCUAGUUUGUGCCUUGGAGUUUCAUCGGCUGUGCCUGACGUCGACUCUCACCUCAAUAACUCUUUGCUUAAUGGCCAGUACUCAAUGAGUCAGAAGCUGCAUCAGAUCACAUCUCAGCUCAGCCACGCCUUCCCCGAGCUGCAAAACCGUCAAAAAAACGACGACAAGUCUGUAACAACCAUAGAGGAAAAGAGUCAUGCGUCAAUGACCGGUCAACCAAUCAGCAGUCAGAUGGCCCUGUUAGCCAACCAACUGAAUCGAGAGGUUGAUAGUGGUCUUAAUGGAAGAGUUGACUUGCAACAAUUUCUAAAUGGACAGAACCUUGGCAUCAUGUCCCAAAUGAGCGAUAUUGAGGAUGAUGCCAGGAAAAAUAGAAAGUACCCUUGUCCGCUCUGCGGCAAGCGUUUCCGUUUUAAUAGUAUUUUAUCCCUUCACAUGCGCACUCACACUGGGGAGAAGCCGUUUAAGUGUCCAUAUUGUGACCAUAGAGCGGCCCAGAAAGGUAACUUGAAAAUCCACCUACGCACUCAUAAACUCGGUAAUCUCGGCAAAGGUCGAGGGAGAGUCAGAGAAGAAAACCGUCUUUUGCAUGAACUUGAGGAAAGAGCAAUACUAAGAGACAAACAGAUGAAAAGUAGCCUUCUCCAACCUCGCUUGGAUGUGAAACCACAGCAGCAGCACUUACAGCAAUCUCCACUAUCUAAUUGUCAUAUCUCUAUGCCAGCUAAUCACAGUACAUCUGAUAUUUCCAGUAAGGUACCGUCUCCCAAGCCGGCAGUUGUCCAGGAGGAAGCAGUAGCUCCUACAACCGGAUUCAGGUGCACUUUUUGCAAAGGUAAAUUUAAAAAACGAGAGGAACUUGAUAGACACAUUAGAAUUUUGCACAAGCCUUACAAGUGCACUCUUUGUGAUUUUGCUGCCUCUCAGGAGGAAGAGUUAAUUAGUCAUGUCGAGAAAGCUCACAUUACAGCUGAGUCGGUUCAAGGGCAAGGGUCCAGUGGAAACGGAGAGCAGGCGGCCAAUGAGUUCCGCUGUGAAGUGUGCGGACAGGUCUUCAGUCAAGCUUGGUUCUUGAAAGGCCACAUGAGAAAGCACAAGGAUUCUUUUGAGCACUGCUGUCAGAUAUGUGGGAGAAGAUUCAAAGAGCCUUGGUUCCUGAAGAACCACAUGAAAGUCCACCUGAACAAAUUGUCAGUCAAAAACAAAUCCCCCAGUGAAGCGGAGGUCCCCGUGUCCAUCAGUAGUGCUUCACAAGAGUCUCAUGCCAACCUCUACUCCAGAUACAUAUCCUGCUUGCAGAGUGGCUUCAUGUCUUCGGACAAAGCAAGCUUGAGUGAGCAUGCUCAUAUUUACAACAAAGGAGAUUUGAAAGAUAAGGAAGUUCUAGGUAAACUACUGUCCCCCAUUGCUGGUUUGGCCCACAGCAUGUCUGAAGGUGAUAAGCAUUCGUUACUUGGCUCUCUCAACCUGGUGCCUCCUCUGAAAUCUAGCUGCAUAGAAAGACUGCAGGCAGCAGCCAAAGCUGCUGAGAUGGAUCCUGUGAACAGCUACCAGGCCUGGCAACUGAUGGCAAGAGGAAUGGCCAUGGAACACAGCUUCCUGUCUAAAGAGCAGCAGAUCCAGCGCAACCACGAAGACACCUUAGCGAAUGCAGUUAUGUUUGAUAAAGAGAAGAGGGAGUAUGUGAUUGUAGGAGCAGAUGGCUCCAAACAGAAAAUGCAAACUGAUUUGGUCCAUGGCUCUAAAAUGUGCAGUCAGAGAGAUGUGUCAUCCAAACUUGAACUUCUAGAGAACACUAGAGAUUUCUUGUCCCAUGGUAGAAACCGUGGGCUCGAUUACAAUAUGCAAGGCCAUGGUGCCUUGAAAGAUAAGCCAACGGAGUGUCCUGAUUGUGGUAGGGUCUUCAGAACCUACCAUCAGGUCGUUGUUCACUCACGAGUCCACAAAAGAGAUAGGAAGUCAGAAGAAGAAGCAGCGAUUCACAUGAGUCUCGAGGAGCGUCGCGGGUCAGGGAGUGAUCAGGAGUCUCAAUCUAUAAGCCGAUCCACCACACCAGGAUCAUCUAACAUCACUGAAGAGAGCGGAACCGGUGGCGCCCUUUCCCAAGCUGGUAGUGCACAGGAAGACAGUCCGCAUCCAUCAUCACCUUCAUCUUCAGAUAUGGGGGACGACACUGCAAGAUGUGUGGGCGCUCAGCAGCCAGCUAUGAUGAGGGAUAGGAACCUGGGCUCAGCUGUGAAGGACUGCCCUUACUGUGGAAAAACCUUUAGGACUUCACAUCACCUAAAGGUGCAUUUGAGGAUACACACAGGUGAGAAGCCUUACAAGUGUCCCCACUGUGACUAUGCUGGCACCCAAUCAGCAUCUCUCAAGUACCAUUUAGAACGCCACCACCGGGAAAGACAGAAUGGCUCUGGUCCCAUUCAUGGCCAUGGGCACCCUGCCACCCAGGACCACAAGGAUGAAUCGGCAAGUAAGAGCUCUAUCUUUAUGAGACCUGACAUAUUAAGAGGAGCAUUUAAAGGUCUCCCAGGAAUUGAUUUCAGAAGUGGCAUGAUGCCACAGCAGUGGCAGUCAGGGUUGAUUUCUUCUGCAGAUCGUCAGGGCCAGUCAAGUGGCAUUAGUUCUGAAGUUUCCUCAGAAGCUUUGAAAAAAUUUGAGAUCUCCUCUAAAGCACCAAACAUUGCAGAAUUUGGAAGAGCAUAUCAGAAUAUUGUAGGCAAUGGUGUUAAUUUCCAGGGGUCUUUGCAGGCUGUUAUGGACAGUUUUGUUUUAAGUUCUCUAAGGAAAGAAAAAGAAAUGAAAGAGAAGGCCCUGCUGGAUUCAACACCUAUAAAAACUCCCAGGUCAGACAACUGUGAUGAUAAAGUGGAGAACAAAACACCUCAUAAGAAAAUGGAGAAGUCCCAGUAUGAACCUCUUGACUUGUCUGUAAGGCCAGAUGCACAAUCUCUUCCAGGUUCAUCGAUCACGGUCCAAGAUAACAUUGCCUGGCAUGGCUGUUUGUUCUGUUCGUUUACAACAUCAUCCAUGGAACUGAUGGCCCUGCAUCUCCAAGCUAACCAUCUAGGAAAAGCCAAGCGUAAAGAUUGUACAAUGGGGGGUCAUGGGCACGCUAAAGAUCAACUAAGGGAAUGCAUGGGCGCAGCAAAUAAAGUUGUGGCCUCCUCUUCUUCAGUACAAUGUGGCAAAGAAAUAAUGUCUUCAAAAAUAAGUCCGCUGCAGACUUCUGAAAAAAUCCCACCACAGGGAAACGCUAAAGAGACUUUAUCUGAUCAUAAAGGUACUUCAUGGUCCAGUCAUAUGGAUUCCGUAUUUAAUAAUUUCCCAAAUGAAUUCUACAAGCAGUUUGGUGUCUACCCGGGUUCCAUUGGAGCAAACUCUUGCUCCAACAUGGACAUCGACCCUCAGUCUCCACAGGAUGAUGAUUCGCAAGUCCUACAGUGUGAUUCUGUGAACACAGUUGCUACUGAUGAUCUCUCUGAUGAAACCUCGUCUGAGGAGAUGGAAAUGUGCAAGGAUGAUGAUGAGAACGAAGAUGAGGACAUUGAGACGGAGCCGGAAAACAUGAACUCAACUGAUGAACAGAACAAAGAAAAUGGCGUGGAAGACGCCCUACCUAAUUUAGCUGCCCCUAGGUCUUCUGAAAAUGUGGUUUCACCAACAUCACAAAUGAUGGAGAAGCAAUGGCAUGCAAAUCUUUCAUUACAACAAGACACAUCGCAAGGCUCUACGAAAUCUGAUCAAGCGCCAGUUCCCGAUUCUUUAGAGAAGCAGGUUAAUAUGCUCUCCGUUCUCCGAGCUUACAGCUCUGAGGGAAUGGCUGCUUUUAAUGGACUUGCGACCAAUGCAGCAAACAGUGGAUGUAUGAAGAGACCAGAUUUAUGUGACAACCAGGACGGCUAUGGGGACCCUGAUUGCUCCUAGUUUUGCUAUUCUGUAUGUUGGACUGACAGGUGGUUUGUGUCUGAUGUACCUCGGUCUCAUACUGUACUGCGGCAGAGGUACAUCAAUGAUUUAUUUUUCUGCUGUGGAAAAAGGCAAACAAAUGGGGUCUUACACUCCGUACAUUAAGAUCUCUGAUUAUUACAAAUAUCAACCUACAUCAGAGACAGAUGGCUUGGCAAUGGUUUUUUUAAUAUCGUUCCUAUUAAAUAUCCAUUGGACCCUUUUACGUUUAACCAUUACAAAUAAACGAAAAUCAGCUGCUAUUCUUGAAUUAAAGUGUUAAAUAAAAAACUUUUUUUUUUUUUUGUGCCAGGCAGACUUUCUUAAAUUAUUAGAAUUGUUUUCCAAUACACUGACCAAGGAUAUGACUGAUAUAUAGAGUGUUUAAAGUUGUACAUCUUUCUUUAUUAGCACAUGGGAAAUAUACUGAUUUAGGGAGCUUGUAUAGAUGCUAAAUUAGGGCAUUAUAAAUACAUCAAGAUGGAUAUUUUUGGUUCUGUUAUUCUGUUUCAAUGAAUCAAAUUCUCGAGAUUUUAUUGCCUGUCUUAAAUGUUUCAAUUUAAAAUGUUUCAAUUUAGCUAAAAUUGCACAUUCAGAUAAUCCAGUAAGACCUACUAAUAAUGUUACUAGUUGUCAGACAUCUAAAUUUAUUACACUAAUACAUUAAAUAAAAUACAAAAAAAAAAAGAUGGUCCAUUUAGAGACAGUACGAUUACAUACAUGGUUCCUCUAGUCGUAAUACACUUGCUGUUUGUUUACCUUGGUUGAUGUACGUGUAAUCUAUAUUACAUCAGAAUAACCAAAAGGAAACUGGAACCAGAGUAUUUUAUUAUUUAAGUAAAUAUUUAAUUGAAAUGAAGGUGUAUGCUCAUCGCGAACCUAAAAUCACAGCUAGAAGGAUUGUGGAGGCAGUCCGUUACAGGCUGCGUUCGUAGACCUGAUAUGCUAGCUUAACAACUGCUGGUGAGGAUCACUACAUUAUACCGAGUUGGAUCUAGAACCUGGCUACGUUUCCUGGAGGUCUGAGAGGUGGUUUUGAUAUUACACCUUUUUUUAGGUAAAUGUGUUGCUGUUUGUAUAUUAUGAUGUAUUUGUAUUUUUAUUGUACAUUAUUAUGUAUUAUAAAGUAACAUGGUGGCGAUACAUAGAGCUAUUUUAGGAGGGUCUGUAUAGUCAGAAGGAACGUGAACAAUCAUAGAGGUCUUAGGAGGGGGCUAUAGCAUGAAACACAUUAAGACUGAGAUGGAGUAUCUGUCAAUGAUGUCAUGUCAUGUGACGCACUGCGCAGCGGAGCAGUACUGAGCUGGAAGAUCGGGUGGAGCAUAAACCUUGAUGUCACAGAUUUCCAGCUAUUGUCUUCAAGUUCUUCAUCAAGAAUAGACACACUGGGACAUUGACUUCUGCAUGUUGACUUCUUCCAGUCUAUGCUACUUCCAGCCUCAUGGAGUGGCACAUUUGUACAUUUUUAUGUGUAAGCUACUACCUGUUUGUGUUUUUGUUGUAUAAAGUGCUUUGAUAUUCA